AUGGCUGAUGACGAGAAUAUGCCCACCAACGACAUUAUCAACAAGACAACCACCGCCGCCGACGAUGUCAGUGAUGCCGUCAAGAUUGUCAUCGGUAACGAAAAGAACACUCAUCCGGCACUGAUGGGGCCUCUUGUCAUCAGAGUCAGCAACGUCCCCGAAUCAACUCCGGUCACAGUCCACCGCUCUCUUGAUGUCAGCAGACGAAGCGAUGGCGAGUCACAAUCCAUCUCUCAAGACAGCAAGCUCGAUCAGGCCGAUCUUGACGAAGCCGCCUCGAUCUAUGAGGAUUGUGAUUUGGAGGAUGACGAUGGAGACGGCUAUGAUUUCGACUAUGGAGACGAAGACGACGACGACCUAUCUCUCGAAUGCGAUCCUUUCUUCGGUGACGCCCAGACCAAACCUGACCGGCCAACAGAAGAACAACUAGAGGCCAUCAGAAAGAUCAUGGAAGAAGACGAACAAAAGGAGGCCGAAAAGGAGGCCUUGGAAGAGGCGAACAGAGAGGCUAUCCAGAAGGCUUUGACAGAGGCCCUUCCUCCCGCUCUGGUCGACAACUCUACCGGACUGGAAGACUUUGAACCCAUCGAGCCUCCUCACCCUCUUUUGAGCGAACAGGUGAACAAUGCGACAGAGUUGGUACUUAGACUCAGAUCAUUCCUUGGAGGAGAAGAACUCAUGCUGGUCGUCGGAUACAUCGAGCCCCUCUUCGAGAUGAAGCUCAAGUUCAUCCAGGCGGUCAAUUUGGAGGUGACAGAGCUAGAGAACCUCGCCUUCUUGUUUGGAGAGUACUACAUCCAGGAUGAGGAUACUGCCUACAAGCUUGGAAUGGGCAACGGAGCCAACAUCUAUUGCGAGCGUAUUGGAGCAAUGCCCAACGAUGCUAUUUCGGGACCAUCAACAAGCUAG